GCAGAAACAGGUAGAAGAGGAGCCCAGGACGGCCACUGAGACCUUGAGACUCAGACACCAAGAGAGAUGUUUCUAAUUGGGAGCCUCGUUGUCCUCUGUGGGCUGCUGGCCCAGGGCACAGCCCAGCUGGCAGGCCUGCCCUAUCCCCUGGGCCAAGAUCUUCCCAUGUCCAUGGGCCACUGCCGGUCCUUGCAUGUGGGCCAGACCAUGCCCUACUAUGGAGUGCCUCCAGUCGUGUCUACGUAUCCUUCAGAAUAUCUUGCUAGAAACUUCAGAGAUGCUUUCAGACAAGGCCUGCUGUCUGGGGGAAUUCUGAGCUUUCUGGAACACAUACCACUCUUGAACUACGUGAGACCAAGCAAUACUGGUGGCCUGGUUGGGGCGCUUGGAAAAGUGAUUUCAUCAAUCCCUAUCUUGAACAACAUCCUUGACAUAAAAGUCACUAAUCCCCAGCUACUGGAAAUCGGUCUUGUGCAGAGCUAUGAUUUCCACCGCCUCUAUGUCACCAUCCCACUGGGCUUUGAUCUCAAAGUGAACACACUGUUGGUUGGAAAUCUGUUGGAGCUGUCUGUGAAGCUGGAUGUCACUGCAGAAGUCUAUGCUGUGAGAGAUACUUACGGGAGGAGCCGUCUGGUCAUUGGUGACUGUAUUUACCCUCCUGGCAGCUUGCGUAUCUCCUUGCUUAAUAGACUUGGUCCCCUGCAAAACCUUAUAGACAGCCUCACAGACAUCUUAACUAGAGUCAUUCCUGGCCUGGUGCAGGGUGUGGUGUGUCCUCUGGUCAAUGGGGUUCUCGGCCUCUUGGAUGUCACCCUAGCACAUGAUCUUGCUGAUGUGCUGCUCCGUGGAGUACAAAUUGUCAUUAAGGCCUAAGCCCUCCAAGAAAGCUCUCUGCUGUGAUGAACCAUUUCUUGCUGCUCCAUUCUCUCCCUCCUGCCCAGCUUACAUGGCUCACAGAAGGGAGCUCCAUGUUCUGAAAAAUGGCGUGACCAACUUCACAAGGAAUCUGCUCUCCUCCUUUCUCAGGCUUGAUGGAUAUUCCAUGUUCAUCAUUAAAUAAAAUGCUUCUUCCUCUAC